UGACAUAAUGGCACAAGAUGGACGGAACGAGGACACGACACCUUCGGUUGUGACGAUUCUUAGCAAGACGAGGCUUAGCAUUAUCAUCAUCGGGCUAUGGUACGUGGAUCGAUCAACACGAACGCAUGCCCUGGAUUUGCCUCCAUCUGCUGAAGGCCUGCCGGAGGAGAUUUGCUGCACCGCCAUGGAUGGGCUGCGGCCGACCGCUCCUGAGCACCUCAAGGGGACCGAGACGACAUUGAGACAUGCGAGACUGCUGCCCCUCCGCUACAAGACGCACACUAAUGUGUACCCCCAUGUUCGCAGGCUAUCGCUCUUCCUCUCCGCGAUGGAUACCACCAUCAUCACCACGAGUCUGAUGAAGAUCUCCAGCGAUUUCCACGCACUUGAACAAGCAUCGUGGCUUGUCACAGCAUAUCUCCCCACAUAUAAUUCAUUCCUGAUGCUUUCCGCCAAGUUGAGCGACGUCUUCGGAGUCAAAACGAUGCUUAUUAUCUGUAAUCUCAUAUUCCUCGUCUUUUCCAUGGCAUGUAGUGGAGCCCAGACUAUGACCCAAUUGAUCGUUUUCCGCGCUUUCCAAGGCAUAGGCGGCUCAGGGCUUUACUCCCUCGUCUUCGUCGCGGUCAUGACACUGGUCGAGCCAGAAAAGAUGGGCAUAGUAUCUGGUAUCAUCAGCUCCGUCUUUGCGCUGGCAAAUUUACUAGGUCCGGUGCUCGGCGGCAUUAUAACUGAUCGAACAACCUGGAGAUGGAUUUUCUGGAUCAACGGUCCAAUCACCGCUGCAUCCACGGUGACCCUCUUCCUCGCCAUGCCCGGAAAGUCGAAUAGGGCCCGCCUCCAUGGCUUCGACGGCAUCGGCGGGAUCCUCUCCGUAUGUUGGCCGGUUCCGCUGCUCUUCGCGCUUCAAGAGGCCGGGGCUCAGUUUGAGUGGAAGAGCGGAGUUAUCAUCGGGACUCUGGUAGCCGGUGUUGUCCUAUUCUUCUUUUUCGGGCUGUAUGAAGCUUGGAUCUCGCGCAAGACAAAGAUAGAACCCAUCUUCCCGAUGAGGUUCAUCACUAAUCCCGCUAUGCUGCUCCUGCUUCUCAGCAUGCUACUUCUCGGCUUCCCAUUCUACGCCAUGUUCAUUCAACUCCCUCAGCGCUUUCAAGGCGUCAACUUCACGAGCGCUGAACGAGCCGGCAUCCUUCUACUACCGACAACUCUGCUGACCCCGCUGGGUGCCAUGCUCGCCGGAGUCAUCAUAAGCAAGAAGUGCCCCGGAGAGUACUCCCUCCUCGCCGCGGCAGCGAUGGUAAGCAUCGGUGUUGGCCUCAUGAGCAGUCUCCCUGUGGACUCCCAGUUCCCCGCUAGAACUUACGGCUACCAAAUCAUCACUGGCUUCGGACUUGGUUUGGGAAGCCCUGCGUACUACGUCCUGCUCUAUAGCAGCUGUGUGGAGAAAGAUAUACCGGUCGCUACCGGCGCGUUGAACAUGGUGCGAACUCUCGGUGGCGCUGUCGCAGUAGCAAUAUGCUCCGCCCUUCACCACUCGGAGUUGGACCAUAAACUUGCGACCUUUCUUAGCCCCGCCCAAAUCGAAGCCGCGAAGGACUCGAGUUACUACAUCGCGCAGUUACCGCAGGAUAUCCGGAUGAAGCUCGGAAGAGUAUUCGGAAAGAGUUAUAAUAAGCAAUUCGAGGUUAUAUUGGGUUUCGCGCUUUUGAACGUUUUGGUUGUGGUUGCGCUGGCUUUUGUGAGGAAGAAGAAGGGCAUUUUUGGCAUAUUGCCAGAGCGUAAAGAGGAGAAUGAGUUCAUGAAGAAGCGGCCUGCGAAAACAGAUGAGGAGGCGCGCUCGGACGUACAGAAGGACGCUCAAGUGCGAGAUGUGCCUAGUCACGUAGCAGCAGGUGGGGAGCAGGACUACGCCGAUAAGAUAUCAAUUAUCCCACCGAGCUCAGCGGAAGAAGAGAGGAAGAUGAAGAAUUGA